UCUAGUAAAGACAAAACACUGGAUGGCAGUCCUUUUCUGAGAGAGAAUGACCAUUACAACUUGCCAGAAGGUUACCCUUAUAUCAUGCUCUGUUCUUUGUGUGUCUCUCUUCCUGCCCAGGAUGCUUUUACCCAGAGGAAAAAAUGAGAGGGGCCAGUCUGAGGUUGGACCUGGGUUUUACCCUCCUGGGAUGCAUCAGCUGUCAGUGUCAGACGACCCAGAGCAGUGGGAAGUGGAUUCUUCUCGCUCCCUCACACACACUGUUGAAGCCAGGGUUAAAGUUCAAAGCACUGGGCAGGGCAAGAAAUACAACCUGAUGGCUCAAGUCAUACCCACAUAUGGCUUUGGGAUUCUGCUUUACAUCCUUUAUAUUAUGUAUAAGCUAACAUGUAAGGGAAAGGUGAAUAAAUCAGGGAUUUAUUCAACAGACAAGACAAAAACCACGCCGAACACAAGAGCUACUGAUUAUGAGCUUGCCAGGCUUCAGGAGAAACUUCUGCAAACAGAAAUGAUGCUCGACAGGAUUGUCUCUGGGAGGAGUCAUUGUUCUUCAAGUGGCAGAAAGCGAAAGAGUAAAACUUCAACAUCAAAGAAGGAAGAAAAACUCCUGAGGCAACUCCGACAGAUCACACUGCUGAUGCAGGAGGGCCGUUUGGAGGGAGCCUCUCCUGAGAUGGAGGCUGAGGAGGUCCCCUACGGUGCAGAUUGGGAAGGCUAUCCAGAGGAGACUUAUCCAGCGUAUGAUGAUUCCUGUGAUAGACAUAAGUAUGAGACUAUUAAGCUGGAGGAGAAUCCCAGCCAACCCACUGCUGAGGCCCUUGCAGAGAGGAUGGAGCAGGAAGAGGAAGAGAUCAUGGCCAGGAAACUCUCCAUUGUGGAAGAGGAAGAUGAAGAGGAAGAGGAAAGGGGGGAAGAAGAAGAUUUAGAUGAGGAAGAAGACGAGGAUGAAUUAGAAGAAGUUGGGGAAGUAGAAGAGGAAGCAGAAGAGGAUAAAGAGCUUGAAUAUGUGGAGGAGGAAGAAGAGAAGAAACAGUUGCUCAUUCCUGCUCCUCUUGUUAUUGGCAGAAAGCAGGAAAGAGUUGGUUUGGAAGUGAGCAAAGAGCUGCAACAACACAGCGGAGGGAAGAAGCAAAUAACCUUCAGUGAGAAGAAACACGUGUUCCACUACCCCAAAGAGGAUACCUACGAGGAAGAGGAGGAAGAAACGGAGGAUGAGGCAGAGGAGGAUAUUGAAGUAAAAGAGGAGGAAGAAGCUGAUGAUGAUGAUGAUGAUCCUCUGAUGGAGGCAGAAAGCCUGCUGUUUAGUUGUGAAAGCUCUUCAAAUCCAGAGGAACAAGCAGAGGAAGAUGAAGAGGAGUAUUUGUUAACUUUGGCACCAAUGGAAGAUGAACAUCUGAUUCAUGCAGACGUCCCAAAAGAGGUCGGACCGAAUGUCCUGAGGAUGAGAAACAGAAGAGAAAGAGAAAGUUUUACAGCAACCUAAUUCUGCCCAUGGAGUAAUCAUUAUCCCUCACAUGUU